ACCGCCUGUCCACAAUGUCCUAUCCGAAGUCCUAAGUAACCGCUCACUUCCCCCCACUACAUAAGCCACUCCAUUGCCGUCGGUUAAACUUUUUUGCCAACCCUUUCUCCCUCACAACUUUUCUGUAGCGACAACAUGAACACCGAUUCCGACUUCCAUUUCGCUCUCCCUCCGACCCAUGAGAUCAUCACUUCCUUCGCCUCGAUCCCCACCACCAACUCCUCCCUUGCGAGAUAUGACCCGAACCCGCGCAAGAAGCGCGCCCGACCAAUACAGCUCGAUCCCAACUUGAGUGUGCCGAGUCCCUCGGGCGUCUCCAGGCCCAAGUAUGGGAAGAAGCCCGACCCCGGGUUGCCGAAGAUCACCCGGCCGUGCAGCGAGUGCGGGAAGAAGUUCUGGUCGUGGAAGGCCCUGUUCGGCCACAUGCGGUGCCACCCCGAGCGCCAGUGGCGCGGGAUGAACCCGCCGGUGAACUUCCGGCCGGUCGGGGAUUCUCCCGCGAAGUCGUCGAGCAGUACCGUGGUCGAUCAUGGGCUGAUGACGGAAGAGGAUCACGAAGUCGCAAUGUGCUUGCUUAUGCUGGCUAACAACGCUCCGAUGUACGUGGAUUCGCCUUGUGCCACAACAGCCAAUGAAGGGCAUCGGAAUUCCGACGCAUUUCCCGUGGGAGACGCGCGAAUGGGGGUCGAUCACAAUGCAGACGGGGGAGGCCGGUCGGAUUUGAACUGUCAGUUCGAGUGCUCGAGUUGCAAGAAGGUGUUCGGGUCCCACCAGGCCUUAGGGGGGCACAGGGCAAGCCAUAAGAACGUCAAGGGCUGUUUCGCAAUGGCGAGGAGUGGUGACAGUGAGGUGGGUUUCCAUAAUGUCAGUUACUCGUUAGACUGUAGUCAGGACUUCAUUGCGCCCUUUAAGGACCAAAAUGGGGAGGAUAAUAUGACGCUUGAUAUAGGGCACCAAUGCAGCAUCUGCCUGAAGGUCUUCCCUAGUGGUCAAGCCCUUGGUGGGCACAAGAGGUGCCACUGGGAGAAAGGAGAAGAGCCAUUCUUGGCGCAAGGUCUCGACCCUUUCGCGACGAAAGAGCCGCCGCUGCCUUCUCCUUUGGACUUAAAUUUGCCUGCCUCUGCUGGAGAGGACUCGUCCUCGUCUUGCUUUUCUGAUCUGACUCUGGAUUUGAGGUUGGGAAUUUGAUUAUGCUGCGGGUCUGGUUUUCUAAGUUUGCUGUGUGUCAUUUGAAGUUGUGCUGUUCUAUGUGUACCAUUGAUAUCUCUGACUUGGAUAGGGUUGUUGGGCACCACAAUAGAAAAGGCCCAAAAUUGCCUUUCAUUCGUUUAUUAAGUGGGUUAUAGUGAGAUUAUAUGUUGUUAUUGGUGAUGAUGCAGUAAAGUUUCCUAAACAGAAUUUGUUGAA